AGUCCUGUCAUCGGAGCCGUUUCUUGCUAUCCAAUUCUAGAGUGCAUUUGGUCUUCCGCCAUCCGGAACAAUGUACGGUGUACAUGUAUGUACCUUUCGAUCUCCUGAUCCAUCCAGCAAGCUUCCCGAAAGCCACCGGAGACUUGCACGCGCCAUAUGCACGUUUAAGGCCCCUCCGGAGUCGUUUUGCUGAAGCUUGUUUCCCUCCACCGCCGCCACAUUGCCUACUUGGGAAAGUUAUUUGAAAAGGUGUCGAUUGUAUUCCGUUUGCUCCGGUGUCUGCUCCAAUCAACUUGAUAUCGUCCACGCGG